UCUAGCUAAUUUCUUAAUUCAGCUUUAAGAUGGAGCGUUUGAGGAAGACUCUUGUGGGUCUCACGGUGAUCAUCUUAUUAUCAACACUGGCCUCAGCAGCCUCACAAGCCAAACCUGAUUGUGAUGAAUGGUGUGGCGACUUACGAAUUCCAUAUCCAUUUGGAGUAAAACAAGGAUGUUAUUUCAACCAAGCAUUCUUAAUUACAUGUGACAAAGCCUUUAACCCUCCAAAGGCGUUUCUAAAGGACACAAACAUUAGCGUUACCAAUAUAUCACUCAAUGGUGAGCUCCAUAUCUUGCAGCCCAUAGUCCGAUUUUGCAACGAGGAUGUGUCAUUAGUGAAUCGUUCUUUUAUCCCCAACACAACCAACCUUCCUGCAACGGCGACAUUCCCGAUUGCGGAUGGCAAAAACAAGUUCAUCGCCAUCGGUUGCAAUACGUUCGGUUUUUUCACAGGGAAGCUGAAGGGAGGUGAUCAAUUUCUAACUGGUUGUAUUGCGGUAUGUCCAAAUAAUAAUAAGAAUAAUACUUGGUCGUGUUCUGGGAAUGGAUGUUGUAAGUUGGAUAUUCCAGAUGGGUCGAGUGAUUUGAAUUUGACUGUGGCUCCAGCGUUACUUGAUACUGAUCGUAAUUUAGUGCAGAAUAAACCGUGUGGGUAUGCUUUUGUGGUUGGAGAAGAAGGGUUUGAGUUUAAACAAAGUUAUAUUGAUAAUUUUGAAGAUACGGAAGUUGAGGUUGUGGUUGAUUGGAGUACUGAAAGUGAAAUAAUUGAUGUUUGUAGAAAAGAUACUAAAAGGAAUAGUAAUUUCUCUGAUGAUAGAUCUCAAUAUCGUUGCCAAUGUCCGGAUGGUUACGAAGGAAAUCCAUAUCUCCCUCAAGGAUGUGAUCAAGAUAUAAAUGAAUGCGAGCAUAAAGAGCUGAAUGACUGCACGCACGAAUGCAUUAACACAAAUGGAAGCUAUACUUGCAAAUGUCCUAAAAACUAUAAAGGAGAUGGAAGACGAGGGGAAGAUGGACACGGCUGCACUCGAGAUUCCAAGGCUAUUCCCAUCAUAAUCGGAAUUGGAGUAGGGUUCACUGUUUUAGUAAUUGCUAGCACAUGGAUAUUCUUGGGUUACAAAAAGUGGAAGUUCAUCAAAAGGAAAGAGAAAUUUUUUAAAGAAAAUGGAGGUUUCAUACUUCAACAACAACUUUCUCAAUGGCAAUCCUCCCCAAAUGAAAUGGUCAGAAUUUUCACCAAAGAAGAAUUGGAGAAGGCCACAAACAACUACGACCAUAGCACUAUUGUUGGCAAAGGUGGGUACGGUACUGUUUACAAAGGAGUCUUAGAAGAUGGCUUGGCAGUGGCAAUCAAGAAAUCGAAACUUAUAGACCAAUCCCAAACUGAUCAAUUCAUUAAUGAAGUUAUUGUUUUGUCUCAAAUCAACCAUCGCAACGUGGUCAGACUCUUGGGAUGUUGUUUAGAGACACAAGUCCCGUUGUUGGUGUAUGAGUUUGUAACCAAUGGCACCCUCUUUGAACACAUCCAUGACAAAACCAAGCAUGCUUCACUUUCGUGGGAAGCCCGCUUAAAAAUAGCAUUGGAGACUGCAGGUGUGCUUUCGUAUUUACAUUCGUCAGCUUCCACUCCAAUUAUUCAUAGAGAUGUCAAGACGACCAACAUACUUUUAGAUAAUAAUUACACUGCAAAGGUAUCCGAUUUUGGAGCGUCAAAGUUGGUUCCAAUGGAUCAAACACAAGUAUCCACGUUGGUACAAGGGACAUUAGGGUAUUUAGACCCAGAGUACUUAUUGACAAGCGAGUUGACAGAGAAGAGCGACGUUUAUAGUUUUGGAAUAGUGUUGUUAGAGCUUAUAACUGGGAAGAAAGCGGUGAGUUUUGAUGGGCCAGAAGAGGAGAGGAACCUAGCAAUGUAUGUGCUUUGUGCAAUGAAAGAAGAUCGGUUGGAAGAAGUUGUGGAGAAAGCGAUGAUGGUGAAAGAGGCAAGUUUUGAGGAAGCUGUUAAACAAGUGGCUAAGGUAGCAAUGAAAUGCUUGAGAAUUAAAGGGGAAGAGCGGCCCAGCAUGAAAGAAGUGGCUAUGGAGUUGGAGGGAGUGCGAUCAAUGCAAGUUCAACAUUCAUGGGCUAAUAAUAAUGAUUCGUCCAACUAUGAGGAAACGAUAUGUUUAUUGGAUGUGGAAGCUUCAGACUCGAACAAUUUUGCUUCGCGUGGCACUACGAGUAUCGUUGGGGAUAGCAUAAAAGCUUCAAUUUUGCCGCACAUUCACCAUGGAAGAUGAUUUUAUAUCUUAUUUAUAUACAUACUUCCUUAAAUAUAAAGAGCAGAAUUUUCGUAUAGAAUUUAGAUUUAUAAGUUAGAUUAUAUGUAUAUGCUACAUUAUUCUGAAACUUGAUAUAUAUUAUUGUUGUAUAAUGCUUAACGGGUUGAUUUAUAUUUCGUUUA